AUGGUUGUUAUUGGUGAUGAUCCGGAGAAGUUCUUUCAAAUUGGAGUUCAGAUACCUCCUCAAGAGAAGGAAGAACUAAUAGAGUUUCUUAGGAGAAAUGUUGAUGUGUUCACAUGGAACGCUUAUGAAGCCCCAAGGGUGGAUCCAAGUUUCAUCUGCCAUCAUUUAAAUGUUAAUCCAUCUGUCACCCCCAAGAAGCAACCACCUCAGCGUUCGUCCAAGGAUCAUUCUGAUGCUGUCAAAGAUGAGAUGAUAAAGCUUAAACAGGCAAGGGCUAUUAAGGAGGGGUCUAAAAACUAUCAAGCCGUAAAGCUCAAGCCUGAUUGGUCUAGAGGCUAUUAUCGACUUCGUGCGGCUCACCUCGACUUGGGCCAGAUCGAUGAAGUCGUAACUGCUUAUAAGAAAGGAUUUGAGUUUAAUCCCUACGAUGAGGGGCUCAAAGCUGGGUUAGUGAAUUGUGAGAGAAGUUUUGAUAAGAAAAAGAAAUAUGAUUCAAAUGAUGGGUACAAGUGGCGUAAAUAUGGGCAGAAGCUUGUUAAGGGCCGUAACUAUCUACAAAGCUACUACAAAUGUACAUAUCCGAAUUGUCCUGUCAGAAAAAAGGUUGAGGGUUCUCCUGCAAGACACAUAACUGAAAUUGUCUACCCAGGCACUCAUAAUCAUCCAAAACCUCAACAACAACUCGCUAUUAGAGCAACCACAUCAGUGGUUGCAAAAAAGGAAAGUUUUACACUAAUUGAUACAGUUGCUCUUAAGCCUGCAAAAGAAAGUAGUAGUGACAGUGAGGAUCCAGGAUCACCAUGCGUCGUUGAGUUAACUGGACCAGGUGACAGUGAGAAUGAAGAUAGGGGGAAGGGGAACAACAACAACGUCGUUUCAGGAGUUCUAACAGCAGCUACUAAUUGA